UCUGGCACACUGCCGUCCUCUUCUCCUGCACGAACCGUACGACGCUCGUUUAAUCGACAUUCACACUCACUCCAUCCGUGGACACGACCGACCAGUCUUCAAGACCUGUCGCCGAGAACAUCGCCAUCACGAGCGGCAGAUUUCGUGCUCUCUUACUCUCCCGCUGAAAGAUGGCCAAUGCCACCUCUGGGACGCCGUCGCCAUUCGACGACUCGCCUUCCUCGAUCGCGCUCAAUACGCACUUCCUCCUGCAACCAGAGCCCGAACACGACGAGUCGGGUGCUUCCUCCGACAUUGCUUUCUCUGACGGCGACACCGCGUCGCAGCGAUCCAUCGCCCUGUCUUCCCCUACACGCUCGCCGCGCCCUGCGGCUCAUCUCGGUCUGCAAGAAGAGGAGGACCAGGUGACGCCCUCUGCUAUCACGCCUGUCUCGUAUAUCCGUCAAAGCCUGACGUACUCGAAGCGGAACACGCUGGACACGGACUUCAGCUCAGACGUCGAUGACGACAGGAGCUUCUUCGCACGCAAAAUGGACGACGGCGAGUCUCCCAUAUCCAGCGUAGCACCUUCGGUCCUGGAGGAACGAGAGAAGCCCUCGAGUCCACCACCCGUGCCCCUGACAUUGGCUUCUCCUCCGCCAUCUGCUCGUCCUCUCGUAGGUGUGAGAGGCAAGAGUGACACGGACAGCGUGAUGUCAGCCGGGUCGGAGGGAACGUCGUACUCGUAUUCGAAGAAGGCGCGGCCCGAGUCUCUGUUGCCUCAGGCAAACCAGGGACCGCUCGUGCUCGGCAUUGCAUUGGUGGAUUUCGACCACUUGGUCGGCCCCAAGAUCGAGUUCUCUAGAGGAGCAGCAUGCGAGGACGAGGAGAUUGCGAAGAUCCUUCCCUUCCUUGCGCUCCCAGACGGCGCGCAUUUGUCGUCGGAAGACUAUUCCUACUUCCACCUUGUCCCGACCGGCCCUAAUCCCUCCACCAUCUUCGGAAUCUCAUGUAACCGGCAAAUCAGCGCCGCAGAGCUGCUGGUAAAGGAGGCCGAAGUUACUCGCUCGACGGUGCAGAAAGCUGUCGUCGUCCUCGCCUCGAAGCCCGUGUUCGGGCUCAUCAGAGACCGGCUCGGUGUGAUCACUCGUGCGCUGUUCGCGCAACGCGACUUCUCUGACAUGAGCAUCCUGGAUGACUUCCACACAUCGCUCGAACACUCACUCCGGAGCCAGAUGACGGAGAGCGGGCUAUACAUGGGGACUAGUCUGCGGGAACUCGUGCAUACGUUCCGGCAACGAACACUUGUUCUUUUGAAGGCUCUCAUGUUGCAGAAGAAGAUCAUGUUCUUUGGUCACCCAGUAGAGCGACUGUGCACGUACCAGUACUCUCUGGUCACUCUGGUGCCUGGCCUCCUCCAGAACCUGGAUGACUGUGGUUCGCCACCACUUACUGCACGAGCGCAGACGCUCUCACGACCGACAUCAUUGCGGACGUCCGAUCACAAGAGCAUGAUGGCGUAUGUUGGCCUGCCCCUGGAUCUCUUUGGCAAGGACGCGUUCUUCCAACCAUAUCUACCGCUUCAGCAGCUCGACAUGUUGAAGGACACGCAAAGCUGGCUGUGCGGCAGCACGAACACCAUCGUCACGCAGCAGAAGGAAGUCGACCUUCUCGUCAACGUUGAGAAUGGGACGAUGGAGUUCCGUGAUCCGACGGUCGAGCGUGUGGCCGGGUUGACUGCCGCAGAUCGGAAAUGGAUGGACGAGAUCGUCAAGGACGUGAACGAGACAUACGAUGAUGACCCAACAAGACCAAGUGGCAUGCACUUCAAGGGCAGUGACGACUACCUUAGACAAAAGUUCGAGGAGUACAUCUCAGGCGCUCUCGCCUCCGUAAAAUACUCUGCGUUCUUGGCAAAAGUUGGGGGAGCUGGCGUCAUGAUGGCGGAUGGCCAAGGAGACCCCAAUUCAGCACAAGACUUUAAUGCUCUUUGGAUACAGGAGUUCAAGAAGACAAAUGCGUACGAAGUAUGGGAACGUGUGACCGAUCCAAUGUUGUUCGACAUCAUUGAGGCGCGGUAUGUGAUCUUCCUCAUCGAUUCUAUCUCCUCUUACGUGAAGGCUAUGUAGACAUCCUUGUAGCGAGAAGCCCUCCGUCAUCGCCGACGUUGGACUGCGGCUAUCGGAAGGAAUCCAGGAACUCAAGCUAGACCAGCAACUGGCUCCGACAAGGGAGGCUAUAUCCCGUACCAUCACCGCUGGGUCCACGAAUGUCAUCAAAGCGAUGGAAGGGCUGCGUGGUCGCUGGCUGUCCCCGCGUAC